UUGCCGUAGUACCUACAGUUAGGUCGCAGUUAAGACUGUUGCACCUGCCAGGUUGCCAUGGACCGACUAGCGUCACAGUCAGAUCCACCAAGCUCAUCGACAUUCCCGACCGCUGGGUUUCAGGGUAGAGCUACGGAGUCGUCAGACAAGUCAAUACAACCUCCUGCCAAUUGUAACUCGAUACACAAAUUCUCUGCGUUCAAUAAGUUCAUUUUAUACGAGAACAAACUACGCUUCUAUAUCGUCGCAUCUAACGCCUCUGAUUCGCGUCACCGGAUUGUCAAGAUUGACCGCACCUCACAAACUGACGUUGCUAUUAUCGAAGACGACACCGACUACAGCGGCAAGCAAAUGAGCAACAUGCUCAAGAUGCUGGAGGAUGGUAACAAGGGAUCUGGUGGGCUUGGCAAGGCACGCAUAAUAUUUGGAAUUGCAGGAUUCGUGAAGUUCACGGCUGGGUGGUACAUGAUCGUCAUAUCAAAGCGUUCUGUUGUGGCACUUCUUGGUGGCCACUAUUUGUACCAUUGCGAGAACACAGAGAUGAUACCUGUUCCAUCCAAUCACAAGAUUGAGCGCCCUGCCGAGGAGCAGCGCCUUGUGAGUAUGUUUAAGCAAGUUGAUAUGUCGAAGAACUUUUACUUCAGUUACUCAUACGAUAUCACUUCUACGCUUCAAAAUAACCUCACCAAGCCCGAGCGUUUCAACGGUACCAGAUGGUCCUUCAAUGAUCGAUAUGUUUGGAAUUUUCACAUGAUCGCUGCACCUCUCAAGGAUUCUCCCGCCACUAGCGUCCGGCGUCCAUGGCUACUGUCACUCAUACAUGGACAUGUAGACCAAGCUAAACUUACUGUACUUGGGCGUGUAGUCUUUGUAACGCUUAUUGCUCGUCGAUCGCGCCAUUAUGCUGGAGCUCGAUAUUUGACACGCGGUGUCAAUGAAGAGGGAAAUGUUGCAAACGAGGUUGAGACCGAGCAAAUUGUAUCAGAAGCACUAACGACACCAUUUUACUUCCCCCCUGCCGGUCCCUCAACAGGCGAAUAUCAACGUCGGCCAAGCCCUCAGUAUACCAGUUACGUUCAGUACAGGGGCAGCAUUCCCAUAUACUGGACGCAGGAAACUACUAGCAUGACUCCCCGACCGCCCAUUGAAAUCAGCGUUGUAGAUCCCUUCUAUGUCGCUGCAUCCCGUCAUUUCGACGACCUUUUUGCACGAUAUGGCGCGCCAAUCACAGUCCUCAACCUCAUCAAGCGGCGAGAGCCGCAGCCACGCGAAUCGAAGUUGUUAGAUGAGUAUACUCAAUGCGUCAAAUAUUUGAACCAAUUUCUGCCGGAUGAGUACAAGAUGGUUUAUCGGGCUUGGGACAUGUCACGGGCAUACAAAGAGAAGACACAAGAUGUUAUAAGCUACCUCGAGGACAUAGCGGAGGUAUCUAUUCAGAUGACUGGUUUCUUUCAUUCCGGUGUGGAACCACUCGCUCAUUGUCUCGAUAAUGGCAACUUUGAAGAGAACGAACAUUACCGUCGUUCCAUCUUGCUGCAGAAUGGUGUAUGCCGCACAAACUGUGUUGACUGCCUGGAUCGUACGAAUGCAGCACAAUUUGUUUUCGGGAAGCGUGCUCUGGGUCACCAGUUGUAUGCCCUCGGUGUUGUUGCCAGCCCAAACCUCCCAUUCGAUUCAGAUGCGGUGAACAUGUUGACUGAAAUGUAUCAUGACCAUGGAGAUACCAUCGCGCUGCAGUAUACCGGCAGUGCACUUGUGAAUCGGGUAGAGACAUAUCGCAGGAUGCCUCACUGGAAUAGUCACUCAAGGGACAUCAUCGAAAACAUCCGCCGUUUUUAUGCCAACUCUCUUCUUGACGCAGACAAACAAGCAGCAAUUAAUCUCUUUCUUGGCGUGGCAGCUGAACGCAGCUUGGUGCUUCCUCCGAAGCGUGGUCAGUACCAGAAAUGGUUCCAGAAGCGGCAUCUCCAAGUGUUGUACGAUGUGAUGGAGUGCUCGUCAGCGUUGUGUGACUUUGUCAACGUCGGCGGAGAGUUUUGGGCGGAGUACUACCGACCGCUCUUAUUUACUUCACUAGGAAAGCACUUUGCGUACUCCAUGAAUAGCACAUUGAAGCUACCAGGGAAGACUCUGAAGGAUAUUGCUUACAGUCCAUUUCUCCCUCACAGUACUCGUCCAACACACCAUCCACGGUGCGUAUUCGACUUAGUCUAUGGUAUUUCAUGCAAACUGUUUUCCAGGCUCAUGGCUGGAGUUCGUCGUUGGAUCGGCACGUAUCCUUCGUCUCAGCACGGGUUUUCCAAGAAGGCAUUGAGCUCCAAACAAGAGGUGCUGAAAUCAGACCUACCUUCCACUGAUGACCCUCGUUCAUCAGCUGCGCUUGUCAAGAGGUUGUUGCAUCCAGACGUGCCAGUUGAAGAGCAAACAGAGUAUCUGAAAUAUGUUGAUCAGUGCUUUGCUUUGCUAGAGGCAUGUAAUGAUGAAGCAGAGCCUGAAGACAAAGAAAUAUAUGAAAGGUUUGUCAGAAAGUCAAAAGGUUUUGUAGAGGAGGGUAAUUCACUUGACACUUAUGUUACUUACAUUAGAAGUAUGGAGGUGGAGGAUGCAGGUACUUAUGGAGAGGACUUAGUGGCCACUUAUGAACAAUGGCUGGGAUAGACAAUGUUGAUUGUUGUAAUCUGGAAAAUUGGGGUUGCUAUAUAGCACUACAUAGUGUGCAUCAGGGAAUGUUUUAACUGCUAGGGCUGUUCACUGUAUGGUAUUGGUAUACUGUAGGCUUUAGGCAAUAGCAUGUGCAAUUUAUGGGUAUUCCAUGUUGUACCUGCACCCACACCUAGCAAAACCAUACCU